AUGCGUGCUCUUCAAGUUUUGUUUUGCAUAGCCUUGUUGAUGGUGAUGCUAGUAGAUAAUUCUUAUUCCAUUUACUCUAACUCUGCUUCUGUUUGUUCAUGCUCUGGGAGUUGCCCAUCCAGUUUUGGACAAUUGACAUAUGAUACUACCAAUUCUGUGUUCUAUACUAGAGGAGAUACCAGUAUUUAUUCCUGCUCUAAAACACAAACCACAGGUAACAGUAUUUCCAGUCUUGUUGGUAGUGUUCCAUCGGUUGGUGAUAAUGUGGUUUUUACCACAGUACAAAGCAAAGGGGUUGUAAUUUAUGAUCAAUAUAAUGACGGGACAGAACAAGUUGUGACUUAUUACAUUGAUGAUACCUCCAGCGUAAUCGAUAAUAUUACCUUUACACCUGGUGCAGUAAACCUCAAAUCUGGAGAUGUAAUCUUGCUUUCCGAUAGUACCAACAAUGAAAUCAAUUCUAUUCAGAUUGGAAUUGGUACCCCAACCUUGUUAUUUUCUGCCAAUGCCCCUGUAAAGGAUGUGGUUUUUUCUACAGAUAUCUUGUUUGUAGGUCUGGAAAAUCAAGUAGUUCUCUAUAAUCCUACUACUUUAUUAAAUAUUGAUACAACAUUUUCAGGAGAAACUUUUGUUAGCAUUCUUUAUAUGAGUGGUGUUGUGAAUGAUAAGAUUUAUCUUGUGGACAGUAUCUCUGCUUCCAGUUUUGCAAUUAGAAGAAUAUCUUUUUCUGGAUCACAUGAAACAGCAACUAUUAAAACUAUUUAUACAACCACUUCUUCCAUUAGUGGUAUUUAUGCAGUUAGUGAUUCUGAAGUUUAUUUCAUAGAAGGCACGGAAAUUAGAAAGUUACAAUUCGAUUGCACUGCCGGAGAAGUAGCACCAAUUUGUGAAAAUUGCCCAACAGGCUACAGUUCUAGCUCACCUUUUGCAAGUUGUUUCCCUGUUUGCACAGGUGAUUGUAAUAAUAAUGGAGUAUGUGUUGCUCCUGAGGUUUGCUCCUGUAAUGCAGGUUUUAAUGGAAGCAAGUGUGAAAACACAAUUCCAUUUUGUGGAGGUAUUGCUGGAAACGAAACCAAUGUUUGUAAUAGUAGAGGUGUUUGUGUUUCCACUAAUUUAUGCGAAUGUUAUGACAGUAAUAGUUAUGGUGGAAACUUGUGCGAAACUGUAAAAUGUUUUGGAAAGCUCAGUACAGAUAUUUUAUCUGUUUGCAGUGGUAAUGGAACUUGUGAUGCAGUUGACUUUUGUAAUUGUGAUGCUACUCACGGAGGAAGUAAUUGUGAUAUUGUGAAAUGUAAUGGAACCUUGGCAAAUGAGACUUCAGUUUGUUAUGGUCAUGGUAAAUGCAUUAAUGUAGAUCUUUGUGACUGUAAUUCAACUCACUGGGGUGGUGUAUUUUGUGAAACACCAAAAUGUAAUGGAAUUCUAGCAACAGAUACAAAUGUUUGUAAUUAUCAAGGAGUUUGUUCAGGAGCUGACUUGUGUGCUUGUAAUUCAACAUAUGGCGGUCAAUUCUGUGAAAUUCCAAAAUGUAAUGGAACAAUGCAAGGUGAUAAUUCAGUUUGCUCAGGACAUGGUUCAUGUGUUGGUGUUGACCUUUGUAAUUGUAAUUCAACUCACUGGGGAGGUAAAUUCUGUGAAAUUCCAAAAUGUUUUGGAGUAUUAGCCAAUGAAUCUAAUGUUUGUUCAGGACAUGGUUCGUGUAUUGGUGCUGAUUUGUGUUCCUGUAAUUCCACAUAUUGGGGAGACGAGAACUGUCAAACAGCAAAAUGUAAUGGUAUUUUAGCAACAGAUGCAAGUGCUUGUAAUUAUCAAGGAGUUUGUUCAGGAGCUGACUUGUGUGUUUGUAAUUCAACAUAUGGCGGUCAAUUUUGCCAAGACAUGGUUCUUGUGUUGGUGUUGACAAAUGUAAUUGUAAUUCAACAUCACUGGGGAGGUCAAUUCUGUGAAAUUCCAAAGUGUUUUGGAGUAUUAGCCAAUGAAUCUAAUGUUUGUUCAGGACAUGGUUCGUGUAUUGGUGCUGAUUUGUGUUCCUGUAAUUCCACAUAUUGGGGAGAUGAAAAUUGUCAAACAGCAAAAUGUAAUGGUAUUUUAGCUACUCAAACAAAUAGUGUUUGUUAUGGACAUGGUUCUUGUGUAGAUGCCGAUGUUUGUAACUGUAAUUCCACAUAUUGGGGUGGAGAAUUCUGCAAAUAUCCAAAAUGUUUUGGAAUCUUAUCCACAGAAGCAAAUGCUUGUUCGGCACCAAACCAAGGUUUAUGUGUUGAUGCAGACACUUGUGCUUGUAACUCAACUUAUUGGGGAGAUGAAAAGUGCCAAACAUUCAAGUGUAACAAUAUUCUUUCCACGUCAGACUCUGUUUGUUAUGGUCAAGGAGUGUGUGUAGCUGUAGAUACUUGCGUUUGUAACUCAACAUAUGGAGGCCAAUUUUGUCAAACACCAAAAUGUAAUGGUACUUUGGCCGGGGAUAACUUAGUAUGUUCAGGACAUGGUUCUUGUGAUGGAGUUGACAAAUGUAAUUGUAAUUCAACAUAUUGGGGAGGUCAAUUCUGUGAAAUUCCAAAAUGUUUUGGAGUAUUAGCCAAUGAAUCUAAUGUUUGUUCAGGACAUGGUUCAUGUAUUGGUGCUGAUUUGUGUUCCUGUAAUUCCACAUAUUGGGGAGAUGAAAAUUGUCAAACAGCAAAAUGUAAUGGUAUUCUGUCAACACAAACAAGUACUGUUUGCUACGGUCAUGGUUCUUGUGUAGAUGCCGAUGUUUGUAAUUGUAAUUCCACAUAUUGGGGUGGAGAAUUCUGCAAAUAUCCAAAAUGUUUUGGAAUCUUAUCUACCGAUUCUUCAACUUGUUCAUUCCAUGGCUUGUGUAUUGAUGCUGAUUUGUGUUCAUGUAACUCAACCCAUUGGGGAGGUGAAAAGUGUGACAUUCCAAAAUGUAAUGGAAUUUUAGCAACAGAUACAAAUGUUUGUAAUUAUCAAGGAGUUUGUUCAGGAGCUGACUUGUGUGUUUGUAACUCAACAUAUGGAGGCCAAUUUUGUCAAACACCAAAAUGUAAUGGUACUUUAGCAGGUGAUAGUUCAGUAUGUUCAGGACAUGGUUCAUGUGACGGAGUUGACAAAUGUACUUGCAACUCGACAUAUUGGGGAGGUCAAUUCUGUCAAACUCCAAAAUGUGAUGGUAUCUUAGCUUCCAAUACUUCGACUUGUAAUGGACAAGGUUCCUGUAUCAAUGCUGAUGUUUGUAUUUGUAAUGAUUACAAUCUUUGGGAAGGUAAAUUCUGCCAAGUACCAAUGUGUUACGGUAAACCACAAGGUGGAUCUUCCACAUGUAAUAAUGGAAAUGGUACUUGUACAUCUCCAAAUCACUGUUCCUGUAACUCUGGAUAUGUAGGCCCAGAAUGUGAAUAUCCAGUUUGUUUCAAUGUACCUAGCAAUGACUCUUCAGUGUGUAACAAUCGAAACGGUACAUGUAUUUCACCUGAUAAGUGUGCUUGUGAAAGUGGGUGGACUGGCGAUAGUUGUCAAACACCAAUCUGUUUCUCAAUUUUGGGUAACUCUUCAGCUGUUUGUAGUCAAAGAGGUAGUUGUGUAGCUCCAAAUUUUUGUGUUUGUAAGGAUCAUUAUUAUGGAGACGCAUGUCAAAGAACUACUUGUUAUGGUAUUGCUGAUGAUUCUAGUUCAACAUGUUUUGGUCACGGUUCUUGUAGUGAUUACAAUACUUGUAAUUGUUCAUCAGGUUAUGGUCCAGACAAUUAUUGUGAGCAUCCAAUAUGUUAUGGUUAUUUAGCAAAUGAUACUAGAGUUUGUAACAAUUCACGUGGUGUCUGUUUGAGUCCUGACGAAUGUAGACCUUUGGACCCUGUAUGUUUCGAAAAGGCAAAGAACGACAGUAAUGUUUGCAGUGGUCAUGGUAAAUGUGUUGAUUGGGAUUAUUGUGUUUGUAACACUUCAGAUUAUUAUGGAGAUCAAUGUCAAUAUUGGAAAUGUUUUACAAAGAAUUACAACGCCUCAAAUGUUUGUAAUAACGGAAACGGUACCUGCUCAUCUGUUAAUAAUUGUGUUUGCAACAGUGGAUGGUAUGGAAAUGAAUGUACAGUUCCAAUGUGUAAUGGAAUUCUUGGUAAUUCAUCCCUCGUUUGUAACAAUGGAAAUGGUACCUGCUCCAAACCAGGUGCAUGUCAAUGUAAUACUGGAUAUACAGGAUCUGAUUGUUCCAUUCCAAUUUGUUAUGACAAAUUAGCAAGUGACACAAGUAAUGUUUGUUCAGGAAAGGGUUCUUGUGUUGCUAAGGAUACUUGCUCUUGUCAAAACAAGUAUACAGGUUAUGAAUGUCAAUAUGCCACAUGUUAUGGAGUUUCAUCCAAUUCUACAAGUGUCUGUAGUGGUAAUGGUACAUGUAACGGAGUUGAUUCUUGUAAUUGUUUAUAUGGUUAUGGAGAUUCUCAAUGUAAUGUUUUCAAAUGUUCCAAUAUUUUGGCUACUAGUAAUAGCGUGUGUAGUGGAAGAGGUAAAUGUUAUGGAAUUGAUAAGUGUCAAUGUGAUACUGGUUACUAUGGUCCUAAUUGUCAAUAUACCACUUGUAAUGGUAUUGCUGCUAACGACACUUCUGUAUGUAAUAGCAAUGGUACCUGUACUGCUUAUGAAACUUGUUCUUGCUCUGCUGAUUGGUAUGGCAAAAAUUGUGACAUUACUAAGUGUUACAAUAUCUUCUCAAAUGAUACAAGUGUUUGCAGUAGUAAGGGUAAAUGUAUCCUCAAGGACAAGUGUGUCUGUACAGACAUUAAUUAUGGUGGUUCUCAAUGUGCCGAUCCAUACUGUUUUGGUUAUUUGGCCGGAACUGUUGGAGUUUGUAGUGGAAAUGGUCAAUGUUUGGGAGUUAACUCUUGUAAUUGUAAUACUGGUUUCCUUGCCUCAAAGUGUCAAUUCAAAACAAUUAGUGGUAUCUCUCUCACGUUCAAUGCCUCUGCUGAUUAUGCCAAUGAAACUCUCACCACCAAGGCAACUUUGUCAAUUACUGACUCUUCAUUCAGUACCUAUUAUGCUUCUACUAGCUUGAAUGCUACAUUCUCAUUUGUUUUCAAUGGAGUUACAUCAACAUUCGACAAGAUUCUCCCAGCCGGAUCCAACAAUGUUGAAUUCAUUCUUCCAUUCUUCUACACUCAAAAAGGAACUGUUACCAGCUCUGUAACUCUCAAAUUCACUGAAAGUACCACAACCAUUACUGCAGGUCAAGCAACUGGUUCAUCUUUAACCAUUCAACAAAGAGUAAUACCAACACCAACACCUACACCUAUCAAAUCAUCACCAAAACCACAAGUUUCUCCAGCCAAAUCCACCAACACUGUCAAUCCAAAGGCCUCCACUUCAACAACCACUAAGAGUGAUUCCAAUGUUGGAGGUGCCAUUGCAGCUGGAGUCAUUGUUCCAUUAGUUGUAAUUGGUGGAGGUGGUAUCACUGCUGCCAUCAUUGCUGUUGUUGUCAUUAUGAAGAAGAAGGCCGCCACAGCAGCUGCCAGAGAACUUACCUAUGCCACUCACUACGAUGUUGAAUUGGCUGAAGGUUACUGAUCGGAUCUUUAGAUUCCUUAAUUCUGAAAUAAAAAAAUAUUCUAACAUUUC